AUGGCCACUCAAAACGAAAAGAUGAGUGGCAUCCUCACUGAAGCUGCUCCUGAUGCUCCAGCAGCUGGUCAGAUUGUGUUAAAUGCCAAUCCUGAGACGGCGAAUAGGUCUGAAAAUGAGAAACCCAGGCAUGAAUUCAACGAACAGACAAACUAUGUUCGUCCAAGGACCAUCAUUACAAUCUUCCUGGCCUGCGCCAGCGUGGAUCUCGUCGCUCUCAUGGACCAAACCACACUCGCAGCCAGUCUGAACAUCAUUGGCAACUCCCUCAAUGCCAGUAAUCAGACAGCCUGGAUUGCCAGCGGAUAUUUCAUAACAUCCACUGUCGGCCAGCUCCUCUACGGACGUCUUUCGGACAUCUGGUCUCGGAAAGUGAUCCUACUCAUCGGCUUGGCGAUCUUCUUCACCGGCUCUCUUGCCUCUUCUGUCUCGAAUACUGGUACCCAACUCAUAAUCUUCCGAGCCUGGACGGGUAUUGGAGGUGGCGGUCUGAUGACCGUUGCGCAAAUGAUUGUGAGCGAUGUGGUGCCGCUUAGGGAGAGGGGUAAGUAUCAGGGCAUUCUGGGUUCCGUCGUUGCCAUUGCAAACGGCAUAGGGCCCGUCAUUGGCGGAGCUCUUGCUUCCCACUCGAGAGACUCGUGGAGAUGGAUCUUCCGGCUCAACAUGCCACUCACCCUUCUAUGUACGCUCUGCGUCAUCUUUUUCAUGCCACUCAGAAAAGUGGAAGGCAAUUGGAAAAUCAAAAUCAAAGCUGUCGACUUUGUUGGAAGCUUCCUCGCCUUGGCUGGAACGACUGUGCUCAUGCUCGGCCUGACAUGGGGUGGCGGUGACCAUCCAUGGGAUUCCGCAUACGUCAUUUCCACCCUCGUAGUAGGAUUCUUCGUAUGUAUCGGCUUCACCUGCUGGCAGUGGAAAGGUGCCAAGUUCCCUUUAGUGCCUUUACACAUUUUCAGGUCGAAAAUUGUGAAUGGUGCUUGUAUCACCAUGGCAAUCAACGGAUGGAACUUCGUCGUACAGGUCUACUACAUUCCCGCCUUCUAUCAACUAGCUUACGGCUACUCGGCUACAAAAGCCGGCGCCAUGUUGCUUCCAGUCACUCUGACACAGACGCUCUUCAGUACUUUGGCAGGUCUUGUCGUACACAAAGUUGGGCGCUACCGAGAGUGCAUCUUGUUGGGAUGGGUCAUGUGGGCCGUUGGUGUUGGUCUGAUGUCGACCCUUGAUGAGAACUCUAGCGUUGGUCAGCAAGUUGGAUACUCACUACUUGUUGGUGCCGGUGUUGGCAACACACUUCAACCAGCAUUAAUCGCAAUACAGGCUGGUGUAAGUCGAAGAGACAUGGCCGUGGUUACCUCGUUCAGAAAUUUCAUACGAAAUUUUGGAAGCACCAUUGGACUCGCCGUUUCUGGAACGAUUAUCAACAACAUUCUCGCAAGUAGUAUAGCUAGCCUUGGUUUAGGGGACGACGAGGCGCGAAAGCUGCUUUCGAAUCCUCAACAGGUGCUGUCCAAUCUGCCGCAAGCCGAGUCACAAAGUCUACGUGCUGUGAUCUUGCCCAGCUACCGCAGGGCAUUUCGCAUCAUCUUUCUGGUCAUGGCAGGACUUGCCGCUGUUGCGUUCCUUGUGGCAUUCUUUAUGAUGCCACAAGUAGAACUAAGUAGACCCGAUGAGGCGAAACUGAGAGAGGAUGCUCGUCAACAGUUGGACAAACCGCCAGCCGAUGAAAAUCAAAUGAAGGCUUGA